AUGCAAUCCAAACCCCACUUCCACCGGGAACCAGCCAUGUCGACUGCUGGGCUGCUGCUCGACGCCUUCCUCGGCGGCACCCUCCCCGCCCGCCUCGUCCUCCUCCAGGACUGCCCCGCCCAGUCAGCACAGCCCAUCCUCCACCAGCUCGCCACCAAGUCGAGCCGCCCCGCUCCCGGCCAGCAGCCCGCCAGCCACUGCUCCCCAAGCAAUCCCCCCACGGUCCUCAUCAGCCACCCCAGCAGCCUCGGCUCGCUCGACCUCCCCCCGUCCUGUGCUCGCUUCAGCCUCACCGACCACCAGGACUGUCUCGACUCAAUCCUCCCGCCUACCCGCGAGCUCAUCGCCCAUGCCCUCUCCCUCCACAAAUCAUCCCCCGUCUCGAUCGUGGUCGACUCCGUCCAGGAGCUCUUUCGCCUGACCUCUGCCCAACUGGCAUUCCGAUUCCUCAGGAGUCUGUUGGACCUCUUGCCGAAUCCCGAAUCGCGUCUGAUCGUUGUAGAUUCGCCUCAUCUGCAAACCAGUUCUUCCGAUCACUCGAUCGUCGACCCCUCAACCGCACUCAGGUCCUCAUCUCUCUCGGCGAGCUACUUGCAUCUGAAGAUCCAUCCGACCGGCCUUCUCGACCAUCUGAUCAAUGUCUUUGGCCUCCCCGUCCCGGUCCCAUCGGCGCAGCAAGCGGGCACCCAUUACGACGUCCGACUGUUUGGCCUGCUCGACGAGCUCGCUGGGGACUGUAAUCCGUAUCUAGAGCCGAUAGGGGCGGAGAAGGACCGGCUGACGGUCGUCCCACAGGCGCUCAUGGUCCCCCCAUCCCUCGCCCCAUCCUCGGCCAACACGGGCACAUGCGUGAUCGAGUGGACCGCCAAGAACCUCCCCCACUGUGCCGCCAGCCCGUCCACCUCCAUCGGCCUCAAACCCAUCACAAAUAAGAAAAACUGCCGCGUCGGUCGGCCUUCCACUCAUCUCGCCUCCAUCCAGCACGGCCUCGAAGCCCUCAGGCUCAACCUUGGACACCCCUCUCCAUCGCACAGCUUCAGGCUCGACCCGCUGCCGCUCUCUAAGGUCCUCGUCAAGCGAGCCUUCAAGCUCUCGAGUCGGCCGACCGAUCAGCCCAAUCCUACGCCUCUCGAUGGCCAGCUAACCUUCAAUCUGUCCUUGACCGACAAGCAACGCGCCGAGCGGGAAGCCGUGGCGCUGCCGUUCCUGCCUCGACGGGCGAACGACGGCACAGUCAUCGAGGCCCCCGGCGAGAUGUUCGAUGGCUCGUUCCAGAAUAACCCCAAUGCUCCGAAUACCAACACAAGCGGAAUGAUCCUCUACGAUCCUGACUCGGCUGAUGACAUGGACGACGAAGAGCCGGAUGACGACUUUUGA